GGCCAAAGGAGGCAUUUGCUGACCGACCUGCGCUCGGCUUGGCUGCCCCCGUCCCCCUCGCGUCCCUCGGCGCGGCCACCACCGUCGUCCCUCGGCCACCGCCACGUGCGCCCCAGCCUCGUCCCCGACCGUCCCCGUGCUGGGUGCCCGGAGCCGAUGCGGCUCCUCCUGGCCACCGCGCUGCCACCGCGCUGAGCCGGGCAGGGUGCUGCUGCCCGCCCUCCCCCGCUGGCACCGGGGCACCCCGCUGCGGGCCAUGCCCACCCCGGCCGCCGUGCCGAGCACCCCAGGGACGGCUCUGCCCGCCCGCCGCCGGGACCGAUGCCUUUUCUGAGCUGCCCCUUCGAGGUCCGGAGCCAGCGCUGAGCGCAGGAGGCAUGGGCAGCGCCGGCCCCGGGCUGACCGCUCUGCCCCCCGGCCGCCUCGCCCGGCCCGACGCUGCCCCCCUGCCACCCCCCUGGGACCACAGCGCCCACCCCUGGGGCUGCCCAGACAGCCCCAGCCCCCCCAGCACCCCCGAGCAGCCUCUCCAAGCUUUCUGCCUCCACUACUUCGACAUGCUCUACUCGGAGGACAUCGCCUGGGCUUCCAAGGGCACGGGGGAGACGUCGCAGAGCGGUGCCCCCGCGGGGCGAGGCGAGGCGCAGAAGGAGCCGGAGCAGUGCCCGGUCAUCGACAGCCAGGGUUUGGGGCUGGGGGCUGAAGGGGACCUACAAGGAGGCCUCCCCUUGGAGGAGCACUCGCUGGAGCAGAUGCAGAGCAUGGUGGUGGGCGAAGUGCUGAAGGACAUCGAGACGGCCUGCAAGCUCCUCAACAUCGCCGCAGACCCCGCGGACUGGAGCCCCAGCAACGUGCAGAAGUGGAUCCUGUGGACGGAGCACCAGUACCGGCUGCCGCAGAUCGGGAAGUCCUUCCAGGAGCUGUCGGGGAAGGAUCUGUGCGCCAUGUCCGAGGAGCAGUUCUGCCAGCGCUCGCCCGUCUGCGGCGACGUCCUCCACGCUCACCUCGACAUCUGGAAGUCCGCUGCGUGGAUGAAGGAAAAAGCUGCCCCGGGGGAUGUCAGAUACUGCGGGGGUGACACCAGCUGGGCGGACAGCGAGGUGGACUCGUCCUGCGCCGGCCAGCCCAUCCACCUCUGGCAAUUCCUCAAGGAGCUGCUGCUGAAACCCCACAACUACGGGCGCUUCAUCCGCUGGCUCAACAAGGAGAAAGGCAUCUUCAAGAUCGAGGACUCGGCGCAAGUGGCUCGUCUGUGGGGCAUCCGGAAGAACCGCCCGGCCAUGAACUACGACAAGCUGAGCCGCUCCAUCCGGCAGUAUUACAAGAAGGGAAUCAUCCGCAAACCCGACAUCUCCCAGCGCCUCGUCUACCAGUUCGUGCACCCGGUCUGAGCGGCGCAGGAGGGGCAGGGGACCCCCCCCUCGCCACCUCCCUCUGCCUCCCUGACUUCACGAACCAGCAUCCAGCGCUUAAGGACCGGGGCUGGGGUACCGGGAGGCUCGACCCCGAUGGACACGGACCACAGGGACCCCCCCGUGCCCAGACCCCAGCCUUGGAGUGGGGACGAGCCCCCAGCUCCGAGGCCACCCCCGGCAUGCCCGGCUCCGGGGCCAGGACCCUGCACGGAGCCUUCGUCUCCUGGCUGGGGGUGGCUGUGGAUUUUGGGGCAGGCGGAGGAGACAGGGGCAUGACCGGGACAAAAUAAGGGCUGAUGUGUUUGUGGUUGGGGUGGGGGCUGCCCGAAGCCUUGGUGCCUUUCAGCAGGGAUCAGGGUGGGAGCGUGGACACCCCGCUGUCCUGCCUGCGGGUGUCUUGUUGUCCCCACGCGCCGUCCUCCCUCCUCUGCAGCCUUGGGCAUCAGCAGGACACGGGGCCAAGAGCAGCCCCCAGCAGGAGACCCCAAAAUCCUCACGGCAUCGCUUGUCCCAGCACGGGGGGGACCACCAGGACCACGCUCCCCUACAGCCAGACCCUGUCCCCAUGCCACCACAGGGCCAGGCUGUGGGACCUGUCCCCUUCAGCACUGGUGACCCCAUGCACUGCUCCGGAUUCACCCCAAAACCCAGCUCCUGGCUGUAGGGGAUGGGGCAGGGGGGGAUCUGCCCCUUGCUGCAGCUCAGCCCUGAGGUGCCAAGACUGGGACCACCCAAAUUUUGGGCCUCAGGGAAUAGCAACGAGGCUCGUCCCAUGACCCCAGGCAGGGGCUGCAGGUGGCAGGGGAGGACAAACCUGGGCACGGGGCAUGAGUGGGGCUGGUGGCUGCGGAUCUGCCCCGUGCUGGAGCAGCUGGGUAAUACAGGGACGGGCACGUUGGUGUUGCCCUAAGGGGGGAUCCCUCCAGCUCCGGGCCACCUGUACCCACCAGUGGGUUCCCAGUGGGACUGGUGGGCUCGAGGCCCUGGGAGGGAGGCGUCCCCCACUCACUGUGUUGCCGCCGUCUGCGCCGUGCAUUUCCCAACAGGAGCAAAUUGUGGGCUCGGGAUCUCGGCUCUGACCCCAGGUCCCCAGCCCCACGGGGAUCCCCAAAGCCCCCAGGUCCCAGCCCUGGGCUCCUCCCUCGGUUUGGGGUUUUAUUUUGCCCUCCCGAAUCCUGCCUUUAGGAACAGGGAGCUGCCAGCUCUGCUGCUUCCCUCCGGGACACGGAUCCGAAGCGCCGCUCUCUGAGCCAGGACCUGGACGCAAAGCCAGGGACUGUUGGAGCUGCACAUUUCACAAGGGUCUAAGUUACCUGGCAAUGUUGACCUUUUAUAUUAUAAUUGUUAUUUGUUUAUUUUUCUUUCUGGUUUUGGCUGGCAGCAAGCUGUGGUUCAGGUUCAAACGGAAAAGGAGGGAGGGAGGCCCGGAGACCUGCGAGAUGCUUUGGGCGGGUUUAAAAGAAGAAAGCCCGGGCGUUUGGGCUGCUCCUUUGUGUUUAACUGAACCCAGCUGCCUGGAGGUUUUUUGGGCUGCCUGUUUGGUGCUGCUCACACGUGGAGGAGUGGACUUGCUUUGAACGGCCUCGCAGCCUCCCAGCCGGGAUGGAGGCUGAAGCUCCUGGAGGACGGCGAGGAGGAGCAGGGGAAGGAGGAGAGCAGCCUUCGCCUCUGGAAAAGAGGAAAAAAAAAAAAAAAGAAAUGGGGGAAAAAGUGAAA